AUGCUAGGUGAUAUACCGCUCGAACUCCAGGCCUACAUCUUGGUCCUUCUCCCGGCCAAGACAUUGGUUCGGACCCUUUCGCUCACCAAUCACCAUUUCCACAAUCUUGUCGAAGCACACAUCCAACGCUACUGUCUCCGCUACCUUGGCCUUGGCUGUCAUUCUGCCAAUGCAGAUGGUGCAGCAGUGCUCGAGUUCGAGGCUCAGCGACCUAUCGAUACUGUGACGGCGAAACAUACGUUGCAAUUCUCGCACUUUGCUCCCGUGACGCCCUGUAUCCAUGCUCAACGACCACCACUGAGCUCGGCAGCAGUGUUCGAGUUCGCACAGGGCUCGAGCAGUCGUGUUUCUACCGAUGCCGAGCGGCUGCGCGGUGGAAGAAGCUCAGGAAGAGGUCGGGGAAACUCAGUCUCCAUAGGCCCCGAGAGGACACGAAUGGGAGCCGGGCCUUACAUCACGACACCCUUUCAGCCAUAUCUGCCAGGCUUGGCUCAGAACGAUCAGCAUCGAGCUACACAGGCCUUUGUAUCAAGCUCGCUGGACCUCGAAGAGCGAGUGCCGCGUCGACCAGGCCUCUCUCGCAAUCCUUCUUCUUCAUCGUCAAUUCGAUCUCGUAGUCGCAGCCGAUCGAGCUCAACAGCCAGCACUUCACGAGCUCGAGCGAUUGCACAAGAGAUCGCGAACGCUCCCUACCCUUUCCUCAGACAGAAUCUUGAGGCAGCUCACCGUCACUCACUACAUCCAAACGCCAGUCUUGGCCCCAGCACCCGCUCUCACGCCAACCUAGCGACCACACAGCAAAGCUUAGAAGAGCCGCUCGACGCAUACGACUGGGCGGGUCCCCCUGGCAUCCGUGCCGCUCCUACUGGACUUGGAGCAGGUAGCUCCGCACGCCUUCCCCGCCGAGCAGCCGACAAACCAGCAUGCUACGCCUUCCAACUCGAGCCACUCGACUCGUUCGAAAGUCUCAUCCUCACCCUCACUGCCCGACGAAGCAUUCCAGACGUCAAUGCCACCAUCGGAGCCAUCCUUCGAGGCGAAGAUGCUUCCGGACACCGAUUGCGGUACUCCAAAGUUCUCGCUGAAGGUCUUGAUCGAGUGUUUCGAGAAUGGUUCAAGCCUCAAGCCUCCUCCAACAGCGCCUCUUCUUCGCAAGAACCAGAGUUGAAAACGCUCGAAUUCGACAAUACAUCAUGUACACUGAGUAUUCAACCCCACGCUUCCUCUCGUGCGCACGUAGCCCAUCCCGCACUCUCCUCUUCUUCACACGACUAUCUCUCUGGGCCCCCGCUAUCUGCGCAGUAUGCCAAUCUAGCCUCUAAUGAGCGCGUGGAGCUGACUUUCCACUGCGAACAUAUUACCAUCAACGCAGCGAGGCUGUUGGCGACGUUGGAGAGGUUGGAACAUGAUGUCUUGGCAAAUCAGGCAAGGUCGGGAUUGGCAAUGUCAAGAUUGCCGAGAAUCGUGGAGAAUGUUUCGUCCAUGGGUGCGGGAGGGUUUCCAGUGGCAGCAGCAACAGUAAAUGCUAGUGUUGGAUACUUUAUGAUCUCUCAGCCAGGGUCAGCUGUCUAA